AUGACUACCACCUUCGCAAACAUUGGUGGCGUUGCUGAUCCAAGAUCCGCUAACCAGGCUGAUGUGAUCGGUACCUCUCACGAAGCCCAUGAUGGACAAAUGCCAGACCCAUCAACCCAGCGCAGAGGCAGUCUGAUGUACACGGACAGCAGCAUCAUGUUCGAGGAGUACCACUACUACGCCAAGAAGUCUCGCGAGUAUGAGAAGACCUUGCCAAACAUAGGCGGUGCUGGAGGCCUGCUGAACAUCUUCCUGGGCAAGAAGCAGCAGAAAGUCGAUGUCGGCAUCAGUCCCUCGCCAUCUCAUGACUCCAAGGACGGCACUACGCCCGCCAGUGAUCACGGCAUCAACGAGAAGGCGCCGCACGUCGAUCCCGCUGCAAGCACUGUGAGCUCCGCUCAUGAUCAAUAUGGUGUAACGCCUGAUGAGUACUACAAUGCACAGCGCGCGGUCAGGACAGCAACAUGGGGUUCAGUCUUCUACCUCAUCACUACUGAUAUUCUCGGACCUUACAGCGUGCCUUGGGCCAUCUCGCAGAUGGGCUACGGACCAGGCACCGGUUUGUACGUCAGCUUCGGCGUACUCGCUUGCUAUAGCGGAGCACAACUCUACCAGAUGUUCCUGGGACUUGAUUCGACCAAAUAUCCACUUCGCAACUACGGAGAUCUGGCUUUCCGUCUGUACGGUAACUGGGCCAGGGUCGGCGUCAACGUUCUGCAGUCCUUCCAGUUCUUUAUGAACGUUGCUCUGCUAAUUGUUGGUAAUGGCCAAGGCCUGCAGCAAAUGGCUGCUGGUGCGAACGGCACAGGCUUCAUCUGCUUCGUGGUUGCUGAGCUCGUUAUCAUGCUGGUCGGCUUCUUCUUGGGUCAAAUUCGAACACUGCAACGACUGAGCUUUCUAGCCAAUCUUGCCGUCUGGUUGAACGUGAUUGUCAUUAUCAUGACCAUGGUUGUUACCAACAAAUAUGAGCCGAAUUACGACGCCUCGUUCGCUUCCUACGGCACGGAGCCGAACCAACCAGUCCACACGUACACCAACUGGCCUCCAGGAUUGACUCUGAGGAACCACAUCAAUGGUCUCAUGCAAGGCGUUUAUUCUUAUGGUGGUGCAACGCUGUUCAAUGAGCUGAUGGCCGAGAUGCGCCGCCCGCAUGACUUCUGGAAGUCCCUCAUAUUCGCUGAGGUGUUCAUCAUUGGUGUUUACAUCACAAUGGGAAUGGUAGUGUACGCUGCGCAAGGACAGUAUGCUUUCAACCCAGCCUACCAAGGCAUCCCAAAUUCAGCAUACCAAUGGCAGACUCUUGGCAAUGCUGUCAGUCUCAUCAGUGGGCUCAUCGCUGCUGUGCUAUAUGGCAAUAUUGGCGUGAAGGUGCUGUACUCGGCCGUCUUCCGAGACAUCUUUCAUCUUCCAGCCCUCGACAAGAAACUCGGGAAAUGGAUCUGGGUUGGACUUGUACCUGUCUACUGGGGUGCAGCGUUCGUCAUCGCCGCUGCUGUUCCUCAGGUCAGCAAUCUAGGCGCUUUCGUGGGUGCGGCUACGAUCUUGCAGUUCAGCUACACCUUCCCGCCCAUCCUCCGAGUCGCAUUCAACACCAAGAAAGACGCCAUUCGACCAGAGAGUGAAGGCUUCGACCCGAGAACUGGAGAAGUCAUCAGGCUUGACUCGGGCUUCAAGCGAUGGAUGCGUGGUUAUCUCGUACAGUGGCACUUCAACAUCUUCGAUACGCUUUACUUCUUGGCUGCGCUUAGUGUUGCUGGGCUUGGUAUCUACUCGAGCGUCAUCAGUAUGCAUCGCAACUUUGAGGAGGGUAGAUUGACGCCAUUCACCUGUGGUUCGCCGACUGGUUGA